AACGUUAAAGCCCAAGCACCAAGCACUGUUCAGUUUCAUAUAUGAGAUCAGAGGAAACGAAAGUUUUGACGUCGUAAAAUAUUUACGAAUUUUUGGCGGGUAAUUUAUUUUGGACUUUGGAGAGAAUAUUGAAAUAUUUAGUAUGGUGGACCUUUAAAACAACAUAAAUUGCUGUAUUGUUGAAGAAAUGCCUUCAAUUUGUGGAUGCUUUAACUAUUUUUGGUAUUAAAACAGUGUUGAGUGUAUAUAUAUAUAUAUAUAUAUUUGCUGCAAUAAUAUGGCAUCCACUCACGUGCAAUCGUUUCAAAGUCCUACAAGCAGUGCUGGUAUUAGAGAUUCAAGACAAGAAACACGACGAGAAAUUAUGGAUGAAUGUGAAGUAACCUGGGAGAAUAUUCAAAAAGUAAUGCAGUUAAAUCUUUCAAUUAUAAAUAAACACUUACAGAAUUUGCUUGAGUGGUGCAGGUGCCCCCCCCCCCUGGAAAGUUGCAUGGGCAAAUGUUAAAUAUCUAUACACUCAUAAUUCAAGGGGGGAUGGGAAUAAAUAUUUUUUCAUGCUUCUACAGACUCAUCACAGACUGGCAAGUCGCAAGAAAGAGAGACCUCCAGUGGGAACAGACGAAUCAAAUGCAGUAGGUGGUGUUUUGUGUAUGGAACUAUAACGAUCAUGUUUGAGAAAAGAUCCACUACCCCUUAGGAAUACAUUUGUUCUGUUAGGAAGGGAAUCUACUUAGGAGGGGGUUGCAGGGGGAUUUUUCUCUUGUAUGCCUAUGACUUGAUCAACCAUCCAAAAAUGUUUACUAGUGAAAUUUUAUGUUAAUCUUGUAGACUUUAAAAAUUCUUCAGCACAAAGAAAAAAGAUUGCAAGCUCAACUAGAUCUUCGUAAAAAUCAAGAUAUUGAAGGUUUGUAUUGUUGGCAAUAUAGUCUGAUGAUUGUUUUACUCUCACUGCUGAUGUGGACACUCCAUUGAACCUCUAAACUUGGAAAUGCUCUCACAUUCCAGCAAGAGAAUGAACGAUUAUUUAGGGAGAAUCACUGAUAUUGGAUGAAUAGAUAGCUUUUCUUACAAUGUUGUUGUGUUUAUUUAUGUAGUGGUUUCCAAAGACCCACAAUUUGUGGAGACACUUCUUUGGAAUGAUGUAAGUUCAAUAUGUUUAUACAAUUAUUUAAGAGUUUUGCUUUCAUAAAAAGCUGCAGGCAAAAUGACUCCAAAGUGCAGAAACUGCUCGUAUUAAAUUGGGUCAUUCCAGAAAACAUCAGAGGAAAUUGGAAGUCACCCCUACCCCACAAACCCCCACCAGAGAGGAAAAUUGGAAGUCCCCCCUACACACCCCACUCCUACCCACACACCUAUUGCCCCCUACCCACACACCUACCACCCCCUACCCCCUAUGGAUGUUCUAACACACUUACUGUUAUCAGAAACCAAUUUCCCCCCUCCGCCUCUGGAACGACAGAAAUUUCCUCUGUUAUACUCAGUGAGGGGGUGUGAAUCUUGUGUAGAAUGACCCAUUCUGAGUUUGUUUCGUGCUAGAUGAAGAAAAACAUUUCUCACCUCCAACAAGCCUUGGGGAUUGUGAAGGAGCAAAGAGUGGAGGUUGCUGGUGACAUAGCAACGUGAGUGUACAUUUAUAAAUACUACAAUCAUUGUAUCAGAAUAUACUUCCUAAUUAGGGUACAUACUCCUCUUCAUAUCAUUCUUCUAACUCGAAAAUGUAGGGCAAGAAAAUAUUUAGAAGAACAAAAAGCAAUACAGAGAUCUUUGGAAGAGAAAAUCCAAGCAUUUCAACUAGAAGAUGAUGAACAGCAACACACUAGGUAACUAUUUGAUUCUAACAGGAAAAUGCAUGGUUAAUAUUUGGGACCAGGGUGUUAUUGGAGAUUACCUCUGUGGUCAGUCCCUGCCUGUACUGUAAUUGUAAAUUAUGUAAUGGUUUAGUGGUAUUUAUGUUUGUGUGUGGCAAAUCUUGUAAAAUAAAAAUAAUUUUAUUUCCAAUUUAGUGUACUGGCUGAACUUCAAAGCAAGAAGAAAGAAGCUUCCAAAUAUCAUUUAACUGUAAUGAAUCAACUGGUAAGAAUCUUCUUUUUAACUAGAGAAGUUGUCACCUUUUUUCUGUUCAAAUUUCUAAAUCAAAUCAAAGUGUUAUUUCUCCCAUUUCUUUAUAGGGCAAGUUUUUAUCAGAUCAUUUUCCAGCACCAAAUGACGACAGUGAUGACAGCGAGGUAAAGCUGUUCUACGACCAGUACUCUACUGUGAUAUCCCAUUGUCCCGGGUCACUUACUGUGCUAUGUACUGUAAAAUUCCUUGUUUUUUCUCUUCUAAAUAUACUAUUUUUCUCAUAAAGGACAACAGGCCAAGGCGUCAAAGACAAUACUGUAGUUUGCAACAUAUCAUUGAGGUGAAUGUAUAAUUUACUUGAUCAACCAGUAGACAUACAACUGAUAUACUUGUAGUAUAUAGUGACAAGCGACAUUACUUCUUCUGACGUCCACUGCAGUUGCCGAUUGUAAUAACCCUUUAAGUGUUUUAAUUUCUAGUUUAAUUCUCACAAAAUGCACAUGUUUUCUCCCCACUAGAGCUCUAUGGAGAGUGAUUUAGAACUGAUAUAACUAUCCCAUAUAAAGAAUUUCAAAGUAAUUCAAGAAAUAAACUCAACAUUUCUGUUUUUCAAACAGACGUUGAUGAACAGAUUAUUUGAAAGUCCUCAUGAUUGCUACGUGAAAAUCUUACCAACAUAUUGGCAACCUUAUAUACAACUAUUACUUCGAUCUAACAUCAUACAGCGACAUCCUGAUAACUGUGAUCUCAUUAGACUGGUUGCCUUUCACACCUAGCGCGGUAGGAGAAUAUCAUUAUUUUAUAUUACACGUGUGAUGUUACUGCAAAGGUGAAACUGGAAAAUUUGCACCAAUUGCAAACAGCCUGUAGCAUACCCUUUGAGUACCGCGAUGGUGUAUGGUGCUUAGAAAAAUUUUGGCAUGUUUUAUGAAACCAUUGAUACAUGUACAGUGCAUGUACAGUACAUUGUGUAGGUUAAAAAUAAUUAUGCACUUACUGUAAUAGAGCAAAUUCCACUCAAUGCUUAAAUACUUUUAAUAUUUCCAUGUACAUGUCAGUAUAUUAGCAAUGAUAUUUAAAUAACAAUACUUUAGUUUUUACCCUUUAUAAAAUUUAUACCAAAUAUACAUCCCAAAUAAACACGCACUGAUCCAUUUACAAGUUGAAUAAAUCUUUAAAUGCCUACUUGCCAGCAUGCACGCCUUAAAAAAAACAUGUUUACCCAAUUAACACAAAACCAAUAAGUUAAUAAGUCAGUAUGAAAAUGUCCACAGGAAUUUUAUCAGUGUUCAGUAUUAAAAUAUAAUUCUGCCUGUCCUGCAGGACUAGAGUACGAUAGUUAAAAAUUGGUAUAGUGCAUGAUGCCUGUCACUUGACUUUGCCAUGUAUAAUAGUCUUGAUAUGUUGGAUGGUAUGAAGAAGUCAUUAUAGCUUGUGAAGCACACUCAGUUGACUGGUAUGAAUUCCUCCUAGACUGACAUGAGGCACACUCGCACACUACAUGUGAUGGGUAAACAUACGGCAUCUGU